AUGGCAGCCCAAAGAACCUUGAGGGAGCUUGCAACCCCGGAUGUUAACCAACAGCCUCUGUGCAUCACGUACCUUGACACUGAGGAAGCAUUUGAAUUAAAUUCUGGUUUGAUUCACUUAUUACCCACUUUUCAUAGUGUUGCAGAUAAGGCCAAGGACUGGUUGUUCUACUUGCCAUCGGGGUCCAUCACUACGUGGGAAGCAUUAAAACGAAAAUUCCUUGAGAAGUUCUUCCCAACCUCCAGGGCCGCCAACAUCAGAAAGGAGAUAUGUGGAGUUAGGCAAGCAAAUGGAGAGACUCUCUAUGAAUAUUGGAAGCGAUUCAAACAACUGUGUGCCAGUUGCCCCCAUCAUCAAAUUUCUGACCAACUGUUAAUCCAGUAUUUCUACGAGAGACUCCAACCCAUGGAUAGGAGUAUGGUGGAUGCAGCCAGUGGAGGAGCUUUGGUUAAUAAAACCCCAGACGAAGCCAAACUGUUGAUUUCAAACAUAGCUGAGAACUCUCAACAGUUUGGGACCCGGUCUGAGGGCAUGACUAGGAGAGUCAAUGAGGUCAAUCAUGCUGACCUGGCACAUCAGUUAAUGGAGCUAACAACUUUGAUUCGACAGAUGGCAAUGGGGAAGGCUCAAACCGUAAAAACAUGUGGGAUAUGUGCGGCCCCCGAACAUACAACCGACAUGUGCCCAACUCUUCAAGAGGAUCCGUACGAGCAGGCCAAUGCCAUGGGUGGUAUGUCUGGAGCCCACCUAAGAAGAAAUGACCCUUACGCACCCACAUACAAUCCAGGGUGGCAGAACCACCCCAACUUCAGCUAUGCUCAAAAACCUUCGGGCUUCCAACAACCAUUUUCACAGAAAUUGCCAAUACAAUAG